UCCUGGUGGGUUGGCAUGGCCCAGUGAUGAACGGAGCCGUGGUGCCUGGUAGCCCGGAGCUUUCCUCCUCAUGUCCACUGCCCGACUGGCGAGAGUUCUGCGAGGUCCAUGCACGUGCCUCAGCUGCAGAUUUCGCCGACAAGUUUCAGCGCUUCCUGUCCGAGAACCCAUGCUAUGACUCACCUGGCGCUGAUGCCAGCUUCUCACAGCACUUUUCCCAACAUUUCCUGGAGUGUUUCUCCUCAGCUCUGACCCAAGUCCGGGAGAACCAGGCCUCCUCUCCAGGAGAAGACGGCUCCACCUCUGCAGCCAAAUACAGCAUUGUUCCCUUCCUGGGGAUCCAGGGUUGUCCUCUGGCCUACGGCCAGGACCUUUAUCAGAGACGCAAGGACGCUGGGGCCUCCAGUGAAUCCCUGGACAGUAUGGACAGUGGGGGUGCAGGGUUGGAUGUGGGGGGAAACACUAACCCUCGAGGAUCCCAAAUGACGCAUAAAGUGUCUGCUUUGGGACAGUCCCGCAGCUCUGAGGAUGUGUCCAUCAGUCACCCAAAGGCACGCUUUAAGAAGGGCUUCUCCCUGAGGAACAUGAGUCUGUGUGUGGUGGAUGGGGUCAAAGAAAUGUGGCACAGACGAGCCUCUCCAGAGCCGGAUGCUCCCUCUGUGGCCAGGAAGUCCAAUGGGACAGUAGGACCAGGAGCAGCAGGAGGAGCUGCAGGAGCAGCUGCAGGAGCAGGAGGAGCAGGUGAGGCCACUGGGAGUGAGAAAUGGUCCCAGAAGUUACGCCUUCCUCGGGGCUCUCAAGGUCACAAAGCUGAACUGCUUGAGAUUCAGAGGGAGGGAGCCCUCAGAUACAUGGUGGCUGAUGACACAAACUGUAUGGGGGCUGCACAGUGGCAGAAGUGUCGCCUGCUGCUCCGGAAGACCAAACGAGACGAAGGAGGGGAGAAGUUUCUGCUGGAGUUCUAUGUCCCACCAAAGUCUUCAAAGCCCAAAGUCAGCGUACCACUGUCAGCCAUUGUGGAAGUGCGGACCACUAUGCCGCUGGAGAUGCCUGACAAAGACAACACAUUUGUACUUAAGGUGGAAAACGGGUGCGAGUAUAUCAUGGAAACCAUUGACUCUCUGCAGAAGAACUCGUGGGUUGCCGACAUUCAGGACUGCAUAGACCCGGGGGACAGCGGUGAUGACAUUGAGCUGGCAUCCUGUCCCCAUGGACAGGUAUCCAAGAACUGCUCCAUGGUGGCCUCCUGCAGCUGUGAACUCCUGUCUGAAGGAAUCUACCGGGCUCCAGAAAGGUCUUGUUCAACAGCGGCAGAGCACUACAGUGCCCCCUCUGUCAGAUGCAGGGAACCCCCAUUCACCCAGCACCCAUCUCAUGUGCCUUUAGAGCGCUUCCUCCAGUCCCCAGAGGCACAAAGCUCCCAUAAUGCAGCAGGUGGCAGUGAAGGAGCUAAAGAGUCCGAGGGGGAUGCCAGUCUGGUGGGGUACCCCUGGUUUCAUGGGACCCUGUCUCGUGUUCGUGCAGCGCAAUUGGUUCUGGCAGGAGGAGCCAGGAGCCACGGGCUUUUUGUGAUUAGACAAAGUGAAACCAGACCAGGAGAGUAUGUUCUCACCUUCAACUUCCAGGGAAAAGCCAAGCAUUUACGUUUGUCAGUGAAUGAUAACGGCCAGUGCCACGUUCACCAUUUGUGGUUUCACACGGUUUCUGACAUGUUGAGGCACUUCCAUGCCCAUCCCAUCCCCCUCGAGUCAGGAGGCUCAGCUGACAUCACACUGCGCUCCUAUGUGCAAGUACAGAGGAGCAACAACACAGCUACAGAUGUCCCGACAACUAGAGCCCCUACUCCCCCCAGAGAGGCUAACUGCAGGACAGAAUCAUCUCAGUCGGCUGCCCUCCUGUCCACAGUCACUACAGGACCGCCCCAGGACACUCCACUGUCUUCGAGCACCUCUUCCUCACCUACUGCCCACCCCUCUCUGUCCCGCAGUGACCCGGGCACAGGAGGGGGGCUCCAGAGUCGCAGCAACAGCUCAGAGCGCCUCCUGGAGGGCUCUAGUGGGGGGUCUGACGACUAUCACGAUUCAGAUGGGACACGCAGGACCCGCGCAGUGGAGAACCAGUACUCUUUCUACUAAAUAUCCCAUUGGCUUGAGUCUCUCACUCUACUCCCUUAUUUGGUUUGUUUAUUUGCUUGUGUUUAUGCCAAGGCAUUUCCUGUUUCUCUUAUCGCAGAGUGAGGGUCAGACUGAUAGAUCUCUGGAGGUUGAUCACUGCUUUAUAUAAUGUAGUGGGAACUUAAAGAGAAAGGUACUUUAGAAAGCUUUAACUAUAGAUUUAGGAAGUUCUCUUUGGGGGCCAUAUGGCUUUGAUUCACUCAUCCAACCACUUCCUGCUCAUUCUUACCCAGAAUUCCCUGAGAGCAUGAGAUUGUGUCACCACCCAGAACCAGAGGAUCAAGAGCUCAAUGUCUGUGCGCAGAGCAUAUAAAUGUUUAGAAAGCUGCUUCAAGUCUAUUGUCUAUUUCCUAUGAGGCUUCCCUGCUCUAGCUCUGAUGUCCACCAGAAUCAGAACACCAAUUCUUAUCAUGAAGUGUUAAUUUGACAAUGUUUUUCUUUAAUAUAUACCAUCUAAAAUGUCCCAGUGCCUGUCAAUUACCUCUGGACUUGAAAGGACUGUUGCCCUUAGCGACAGGAAAGCUUUUGUCAGUGAAAAUGAUGUGGACACUAAACAACCCAUGAUCAAAUGCAGGGGAUAAUUUGUGAUCAGUUUCUGCUUAAAGUGCAUCGAACUGGCUAAACUUGUUUAGUUCUUACCUUUGAUGGCUGCAACAGUGACACAGGUUCUCUGUGUUACUCCUAAAAUGGUAGAGUGUAUGAAUGCCCACUGUGUUGAGGAUGUGUGGUGAUGUAUUAAAAUUCAUAUAUUUUUCAUCGGUUGGUGUGUUAUGAUAGUGAAUCUCUAAAAUAUAUUUUUGGACUCCCUCUGUCUGAUCCUGACCCUACUGAUCAUAUGAAAAUCACAGAAGCAAACAAUUUUACCAAGUCCAGCAUUUAUCAGAGGGAUGGACGAGGGAUGUUUGGUUAUUUUAGAUAGCAGUAUUUUAAACUGUACAUUCAAGUUUGUAUCACUUAAAUGAAAGGGCACUGAAUGGCCAUGCUUGAUAGGCUGAUCAACACCAUGUGGACUGGUUUAAAAGUAAAAUAACAGGAACUCAUACUUAGCAAGCAACACAACAAUGCCAUUGUCUGUACAACAUUAUAUGCAAUGUUAAGAAAAAUAAACAUAUCAUAUACACUGAGGUAGCACCUUUUGUUCCUGCAAGCAUGGUCAUUAACCCUUAAAUGAGCUGAUAUUUUCUGUUGUGGGGUAGAAGGAGCUAAUGUGCCAAUCUAAAUCUUAUUUUUAAACAUAUUUAUUUCAGCUGUUGUAAAUUACAUUUUUCCUGUUGAAUCUUAUUUAUGUACAAAUUUUUGUUUUGUUUAUGAAGUCCCUCUGUAGACUGUGUGUUGCAAAAGCCCAUUUCACAUGUUUUACAGCGUUUGCUCUUCUCUCUUGGAUUUAUUUUCUUGUUGUCUGGCUGAGUUUUGAAGAGUCUGUGCAAUUUUGUACAAAGUGAUGUACUUGACAUACUACUUUAUAUUUCUGUCAAUAAAACGUGAAUAAAUUGGA